AUGGCCUUCGCAAACAACCAGGUCCACCGUCUCGUGGCGCCGCGCGACCAGAAAUACCAGUCCAACUUUGUCGAGUUUCGGAACAACAAGAUUGUCUACAGGCGGUACGCAGGCCUCUUCUUUUGCGCCUGCGUCGACACCAACGACAAUGAGCUGGCCUACCUCGAGGCCAUUCACUUCUUUGUCGAGGUCCUAGACUCAUUUUUCGGCAACGUCUGCGAGCUCGAUCUCGUCUUCAACUUUUACAAGGUCUACGCCAUCCUCGACGAAGUCUUCCUGGCCGGUGAGAUUGAAGAAACCAGCAAACAGGUCGUCUUGACUAGACUAGAACAUCUCGACAAGCUGGAGUAG